UCUUGAUUCGAUAGCCCCCAGCGUAAGUUGCUGCUCAGCUCUCUGUUAUUUAUUCGGUGCGGUCAGGUGACUUGGAAAAAAAAAAGAAGAAAAUACAAUGGGAACCGGCAGCAAGAACUACCAGGCUCCGGAAUGGCUCACCGCCGAAUUCCUGCAGGAUGUGCUGAAGGAACACUUCAAGGAGGAGCAGCUGGCGGUCACCGAGUUGAUAGUGAAGAGCGCCCAAGUGGGCGACCAGGCGGCGGGAUUUGCCAGCGAAAUGCACCGAGCCAGUUUCAAUCUACAGAGGGGCACUGCACACAAAGGCAAGUUUUCAGUGAUUGUUAAAGACCAUCCCAAGGGACAAACAGGUGCGGUGGCCCACAGGAGUAAGCUCUUCAAGCGUGAGAUUCUGGCUUACAAGGAGGUGCUUCCACGUAUUCAAGCCCUGCUCCAAUCCAUUGGAGAUCAAACGAAAAUUGCACCUACGUGCUACUACACCACGGAAUCGCCGGAGCCAUUCCUGAUUCUGGAGGACAUGCAGCUGUCCGGCUUCGAGAACUUCGAACGCGGUCGGCUGCUGAAUCUGGACUACGUACUGCCCACCAUCGAGAAGGUCGCCAAGCUUCACGCCUGCAGCGCCCUCAUUGCCCAGCAGAGUCCCGAGGUGCUGGAGUUCUUCGACGAGGCGCCUAUUUCAAGGAAUCCGGACCGUCGUGACUUCCUCACCUUCUUCCCCGUCAACAUUCGCUGCGUGGCCGAGGAAGUGGCACACUGGAAGGGCUACGAGGAGAUCACCGAGAAGAUGUUCAAGCUGGCCGAGAAUGUUCUGCAAAGAGCGCUGACCAUGUUCGAGAGCACUGGCAAGGAUUUCCGCGUCUUCAACCUCACCGAUCUGUGGAUCAACAAUCUCUUGUUCCACAUCAACAACGAGACCAAGGAGCCAGACGAUGUGGUCACGUUGGACUUUCAGUUGGCCUAUGUGGGAUCCCCAACCAUUGAUCUCAAUUACUUCCUCUACGGAUCCUUGAACGAGAAUGUUCGUAAGGUCCACUAUAAGUAUAUCGUGAGGGAAUACCAGAGAGUGCUUCAGCAGACCCUGGAGAAGCUAAACUACCAGGGACACAUUCCAACUCUUAAGGAAAUCCACAUCGAGUUAAUCAAGACCAGUCUUAUGGGUGUCAUUGGCGCCACUUGCCUGACUCCACUGAUCUUCAGGGAGGGAGCCGGUUUCGAGAACCUCGAAGAUCUGAACUCGCGCACUGAGAGCGGUGAUCGCUUCCGCCGGGAAAAUGUUGAAAACCCCAAGUAUCGCGCUUUCCUCCAGCGAACUGUUAAAGAAUUCGAGCUAUCUGGAUUCUUGGAUGAAUAAGUGACAAAGGGCUAAAUAAGAUUGCGUUCCAUUCGAUGAAAAGUAUUCGGGCUUCCACAUAGAGUAAGCUUUCCAGACAAAUAUUCCAUGAGUAUUUUUACACCCAAAUUAAAGAGAAAGAUAUAAUGAAA